AUGGUGGCGAAGAGCCUGAUUGUCUUCGUGGAUUGUGGACGAAGCGAGUGCCUGAGAGCGUUCAUCGUGGCCUUGAACCAGACAUGCAAUGGACAAGAAAAGCGUUGGUACGCGUCUACGCUGGAGCUUCAGCUUGUGUCGCUGGAGUUUUGUGGGGCGUGCAGACGUGUCCCGACCUUGCACGUGCGUGUCGAUCGACAAACGCCUCGUAGCUUGUGGUCUCCCUGCAAAUCGCACGCGACCACCAAGAAACGCAGUCGUGAGGCAUGCGUCUCGAAUCGUGUCCCGGCUGUGCAGGCUUCGGGUUUGACGUGGGCACUUGACAUGGAGGUUCUGCUGCAGACUUCUGCCGUGGAAUUGCGGUCAAGAUCAAAAUAUCGGCGUGUGAGCGGAAAUUCAUCUACUGCAAGCCUAGGAUCGAUGUUUUGGCUUCAGAUGAUGCUCAAACGGCUGGUAUUUGAUUCAGAUAUGCCCGCGAGCACUGCGUCCUGGCCGGCCUCCCUGCCGCAGCUAUUGUUUGGAGAUCGCUUCGACCAGCCCAUCACCGAGGUCGUGUGGCCCGUCGCCCUGGAGGAGCUCUCGUUUGGGGUUGAAUUCAACCAGCCCAUCGCCGGAGUCGUGUGGCCGGCCUCCGUGCAGCAGCUAUCGUUUGGACGUUACUUCAACCAGCCCAUCUCCGAGGUCGUGUGGCCGGCCUCCUUGAAGAAGGUGUCGUUUGAUGACGAAUUCAACAAGCCCAUCACCGAAAACGAGUGGUCGGCCUCCCUGCACAAGCAGCUAUCGUUAGGUGAUUCAUUCAACCGCCCCAUCGCCGAGGUCGUGUGGCCGCCCUCAGUGCAGCAGCUAUCGUUUGGUUUGAUGUUCAACGAGCCUAUCGCCGAGGUGGUGUGGCCGGCCUCCUUGAAGAAUUUGUUGUUUGAUGGCGAAUUCAACCAGCCUAUUGGCGAAGUUGUGUGGCCGGCCUCUCUGCAGCAGCUAUCCUAUCAAUUAAUUGGACGCUACUUCAACCAGCCCAUCGCCGAGGUCAUGUGGCCGGCCUCCGUUCAGCAGCUACCGUUUGGGGUUAAGUUCGACCAGCCCAUCGUCAAAGUCGCGUGGCCGGCCUCCUUGAAGAAGGUAUCGUUUCAUGGCAAAUUCCCAAGCUCGGUAGAGCUUGGGUCUCUAUCGACCUAA